AUGUCUGCAGCAGAAAUACUAGUCCCUACAAAAUUUAUAAGUCAGAUGAUCUAAUUAAUCAUAACAUGUGUUAUAUAUCAAUCCUAAGUAUCAAAAUUCAAAUAAAACAUAGUAUGAAAAUCUGCUCAAUUUUCCGAAUGAUCAACUAGCAGCAUCUUCGUAAGUUCAUUUGUUAUUAAAUCAAGUUUAUAAGCUGGUGUCACACUCUCAGUAAUAUUUUUAGUUGUUGAAAUGAUAAUACUUACUACUGGAUGGACAAUGAAUUUUGAGAAAACAAUGUUAACAUGUAAUUCAAAAUUAAUUUUAUUUAGAAAUAAUAUUACAUUCACUUGGGUCUGUUAUUUUAACAUGGUUUAUUUUGGAUUCUUGGGAUUACAGUUUUAUUUGGGCUGUUUUUAGUUUAUUUUGUCUUCUUCCUUUACUAUUAGAAUGUAUUACCAUAGCGAAUGCAAUUUUAUUUCGUAGGUCUAUAAUUCGUUCAAAAAGUUGA